GACAUUCGUCUAUUGGACCGCCCCUCGUAGAUAAAAAUCUAAAGUGUAGGUUCUGAAACUCAAUUCGAUUUGCUGCGGAAGGGCAAGUGAGCAGAAAUCGAUGGAUAACAAUCCCAGGAUGAGGACUGAAAGUUGGCGUCUUUCGUAAUAAUCGUUGGCGAUUAAGGGCUGUGAUUUUGCGGAUGGCAACCCUGAUCGGGCGCUCUGAGUCGUUUAGGUGAUCUUGUGGCGAGUAGUUCGGAUUGCAACUGAAGUGAUAAGACGCGUGGACGAUCUUGCCUCCACUUGCGCCUCCGCUCUCUUUGUUUAUUUUGGAAAAUCUUUUCUGUCGGAGCUUUCCUUUCAAGUAUCGGAUAAGAUAGACGGGGCCAAAGAAAUGUUUCAAAUACCAUUAGAAAGCGCACGCUUUUCUCUUAAAUAGCGAGUUUAUAAAAAGUUAGAAAACUUUUGAAAACAUUUUGUGUUGAGAGUUAUCAUCAAUUAGAUUUCGGAAUAACUAAACAUAUUAGUUCUUUUCUUCUUCCGGACUCACAUAGAGUAUAUUUGAAGGGUAGUUAUGAGAAACAUUUCAUAUUUUGACAAAUUUAUUGAGCCGUUUGUUUGAAAACCAAACAUUCUCUAUUUACAAUAAGAAUUUAGGAGUUAUACUGUUACUUUUUCAUGAGAUGAGUGACUGAAUGAGAAGAAAAUUUUGCAUCAAAUCUCUGAUAUUUGUUAUAUUCCAAUAAUUCUGAUGUCUGAAACUCUUGGUUGACAUGCUCACUAAAGAGACCUCAUAAUGGAGGCUUUGUGUUUAUAAUUCGCAACAGAACUUCGGAGUGACAACCAAAAGACUGUUUAUACGAAUGGUGUGGGGGUAAUAUAUCAGAUCAUGCAUCGCGAAACAGAUCACUUGAAUAAUUUUCCAAAGAUGACAACAUGGCAUCCUCAUGUGUAUGCUAACCCACCCAAACAACCAACCCCUCAUUUCAUCAUAGACAUUCUGGGCAUCAGAGAUCAUCAUUCCUCUCUUCAACCCAAUAUUCCGAGGGAUGCUACAAUGCUUCUAUCCAAUCCCUCUCCAAUGACAACUUCUUCAAAUGGUACUAGUGGACACUUUUACCAAAGGGAUCAUGCCAAUCAGUACUUUCAGAACAGCUGUAGCAGCAGUAAUAGCAGUAGCUGUAGCAGCAACAGUCCAUCGAUGGUCUCAGCCAAUGAAGAAGUUCAGGAAUCUAAAAAGACGGUAAUUGAGCAACCUCUGAACUUAUCAUGUUCUGAAAAAGUCAGGAGCGAGACUCCUUCACCCGGUAAGCUGAACUCCUUUAAAGUCUUGCCAAGACCUGAAAGGUCGAAUGCUCUUCGAAGUCCAUCGCCUACGAAUUUGCCACCGGUUAUUCACGCUGCCUUUUCGCCGGUGGGUCCGGUCAGACUUUCCGGCCAGGCUAACGGAAUGAUUACCGGUGAAAAGGCAACUACUCUCUUGCGAACUUCAAGCACCGGAGCAGCUGGAAAAGGCAAAUCUCACACUACAGUUCCACAUAAGCCCAGCAAAAGAAAGAAAGAAUCCAAAGCAAACUCCCAACCUGAUGGAAACAAUAACAAGAUUCCUCCUGUGGCGGACACCGAGCCAAGGUCCUUAAGCAACAUCAGUCCCCCUGGAAGUCUAAACGGCAACAGUAACUGUUCGAGUAUUCUUCUGGGGGAUACAAAGAUAGCAGCCGGUUCAACAAGUGAUACUGAGAGCGGGGACAAGGCCAAAAGAAAAAAAGCUCGGACAACAUUCACAGGUCGGCAGAUAUUCGAAUUGGAAAAACAAUUUGAAAUCAAGAAAUAUCUUUCUUCCAGUGAAAGAGCAGAUAUGGCAAAACUCUUGAAUGUCACAGAAACCCAGGUUAAAAUCUGGUUCCAAAACAGGAGGACGAAGUGGAAGAAAUUGGAGAACAUAUCAAACGCAGAAGCCGCUGAACACAAGCACGCACCGGACAAAUCUGGUUCGGGUACCAAAGGAAAAAGCAGCAAAUCCUCUAAAAAUUCCACUAAAAUUAACUCAAACACAGUAGCACAUCCGAAUACGGAAUCCAGUGCUACUCCAACAAAUAUUGAGAACAGCAUCCACCCGAUACCUUUGACUAACUGUCGUACAUCCAACACAGAAUUAAGCAUCGGGUUAUCUCUAGACGCAAUGGACCUCAAAUCUUGUUCGAACAGAGAAAUAUCUGAAGAUAGUUAUGUUCCGAUAGUCGGAAAAACAGAAGCGAUGUCCAUAGAAAGGAUCCAGCAUGAGCAAGAGAGAAGCUCGUCUGAAUCGAUGCAAAAGCCUUUGAGUAGUCCUAGUCAAGAAAGAAGAACGGAUUAUCCCUUCCUGCACAGUCAAACAAAAGAGGACACUUUCUCUCAGCCGAACUCUCCAUGCAACGGACAACAUUUACAACUCAAUUGUACUGACCAAAGGGUGGAAGAAACAAACCAGCAGUGAUAUUGCUGAUCUUUCCUAUUCUACUUAUGAAGAAAGUGACCUAUUCGUCCACUUGUUUAGCAUUUCAGUCCAUGAGUGCUUAUUGAAUUCAUAAUGGCAUUUUGCUUCUUCGACUUUCUUGUUUUUGAUCUGCUUUUAGGCAUUUUCACACUAUGAUUUCAGACUCUUUAAUUAUCCUCUCUUUUAAUUGACGAUUAAUAACAAACCCUUUUGAUUGUUUUAUCAAACUAACUAAUAAAUAUUGAGCAAAAACGAGGUACAAAAUUUCUUGCAUAUAAAUAAAUUUUAAUUUAAAGUCUGAUGUUGAUUAUAGUUUUUUUUUAUUUAUUUGUUAUUUAAAUCUUCAGCUUUCUUUAGUAAUUAGAGUAUUUAUAUAAUCUUCGAUAAUUUAAUAAUUUCUCAAUGAUAUUUUCAAAACAAACUUUAUCGCAUAAUUGUACAAGAGAUUUAGUUUCAUUCAUAGCAAAUUAAACACCAAUUUAUACAAAUGUAAAAUACUAUAUAAUUUGUUAACAUUAUUUUCUCUUACUGAAAUGGAUUCUUGAUUACUUACAAGUGGAAGAGUACUUCAAUUAUUAGACAAAAGACAGAGAAUAUGAACAAUGUGUAUCUUCCAGAUGAGAAUGGAAUAACAUUGCCAAAAUUCGGUUAUCUAGGUGAGACCUCGAAUAUAAUAAUUAUUAAAAUUAUUGUUUUUCACAAGAUGAUCAGACUAAUUAUCGUAUUAACAUGUGUAUAACACUGUUAUAAGGCGUUAAUUUUAAAUCAAGAUGUUAAAGCAGAAGCAUUGUAGCAUUCCUUUUCCUCGUCAUUUCUUCAAAUGAAUUUUAAUUUAUAUCAUUUGAUGCAUUUCUGCAUCAAUAUCAGUUGCAAUUUGAAGAAAAUUGUUUAACAGGUGACUUUGACACUCGAAAAAUAUUUAUUUAAAAGCCAAACGAGUGAACGAUUUCAAGCUUUCUUAUAAAUGUGUCAUUUUCUUUCAAUGGAUAAAAACAGGUACUCUAUAGACUUAGAAUAUAUUUCUACGUUUUUAAAAGACCGAAAUUUAUCUGAUGUAUUUGAGUUUUAGCAGCGCUUUUCAGGGGUCUUCAGCCUUAAAAACGUUGUCGCUUUUUCUGCUUUGAAAGCUGUACUGAAGGUCAGAGUAAUGUAUAUCCGUCACAAGGCCUCUUUAUUUCUGUGUUCAGUGUUUGUUGUGUCUUAAAAAGGUAAAGAUAUCAUAUACAUUGUUACUGUUGCUUACUAGAUGUCCCUUCUAUAUUCAUUUUGUUUGUAAACUAAA